GCAGCACCGGCAGCCAGCAGGGAGCAUCGGGGAGCGGAGUCGGAGCUUUUAAGCGGAGGCAGCAGACGACGAGUGGCCGAGGUGAAGGCUCGGCAGGGAAUUGGCUUGAAUCGGUCGCUGCGGUGUGACCGCGAUACUUCAGGAUGGUGAGAGGAGAGCCCAUCUGAAACCUGGACAUGACGGAUGACGUCCACCGGAGACUCCUCAUGACUCCCCCCAACGACACUGCCGGUGUUGUUACGCCGUCGCCAUCCUCGCCGCCGUACAACUUCUACGCCGCGCUGCUGGUGCUGCUCAUCUUCUGCGUGGUGUUCGGGAACGUGCUGGUGUGUGUGGCGGUGUCGCGGGACCGCGCACUGCAGACCACCACCAACUACCUCAUCGUGUCGCUAGCCGUGUCCGACCUGCUGCUCGCCACCUUGGUCAUGCCCUGGGGGGUCUACCUGGAGGUGGUGGGUGAGUGGCACUUCAGUCUCAUCCACUGCGACAUCCUGCUCACUCUGGACGUCAUGAUGUGCACCGCCAGCAUCCUCAACCUGUGUGCCAUCAGCAUCGACAGGUACACGGCGGUGGCCAUGCCGAUGCUGUACAACACCAGGUACAGUUCCAGGAGGAGAGUGGUGGUGAUGAUCACGCUGGUGUGGUUCCUCUCCUUUGCCAUCUCCUGCCCACUGCUCUUUGGACUCAACAACACGGCAGGCCGUGAAGGCGCCACGUGCAGCUUCACCGACCCGGCCUUCGUGGUGUACUCGUCGGUGGUGUCCUUCUACGUGCCCUUCAUCGUCACUCUGCUGGUGUACGCGCAGAUCUGCGUGGUGCUGCGCAAACGGGGAAGACGCACGGCGAGAGGUGGGGCCGAGGCGGCGGACGCGGCCCAGCGCCGCAGGAAGAACAGAUGCACGCAGCCUGAAGACGGGAAGCUGUGCACGCUGAUCCUGAGGCCCUCCACUGCCGCCCCGCAGCGCAAGCGAGUGACGCUGGUCAAGGAGGCAUUGGUGCACCCCCUAGACGUGGAGCCGGGGCGCUUCCUGCCGCAGUCCGGGCAGAGCUUGGCCCCACCCCCUGGCCCUCAAACCCCCUCGCACCCCGGCCGGGCCAGGAUCUCCCUGUCCGUCUCGGUAGAGCCCGCCCCGGCCCUCCCUUCCACUGUGAUGCACUCAGCCCUGAUGCCCCGCCCCCCGACCUUGGAGGCCGGCAUGAGGGGCCGCGAGGGUUGGCGGGAGCACAGCACGGUCCGGGACAGGCGGGGGGCCACCAAGGAGAAGACGAGGGGGAGGAUGUCACAGCAGAAGGAGAGGAAGGCCACGCAGAUGCUGGCCAUUGUGCUUGGUGUCUUCAUCAUCUGCUGGCUGCCCUUCUUCCUGACCCACGUGCUGAAAGCUCACUGCAGCAGCUGCUGCAUCUCUCCGUCGCUCUACAGCGGCGUCACCUGGCUGGGCUACCUGAACAGCGCCGUCAACCCCGUCAUCUACACCACCUUCAAUAUCGAGUUCCGCAAGGCCUUCAUCAAGGUCCUCCUCUGCUGA